GCGCAUCCAUCGAGCACGCCGCCGAAGCCGCAUGGUCGGGUAACUUCAGUAACUCCGUAACCUUCGAACGUCGAGCCCAUACUUUUCUCCUUCGCGAAGGAAUUCGUUGAGCGUGUACACUGUUUACGUUCGUUUAUCGUAACAUUUCUUCCCCUCCGCAUAUUAAUAUUCGCAUUAUUUAUUAACACGACGUUCGCUAAAUUGAAUAUAUACGUCGUAAUAGGGUAUCGAACGUACAAUAGUGAAUUAUGAACAAUCCCGUAUGAUUCCCGCGCUUUUUUGUGACUAGGAUUUUUUUUCUUCGAAGAGAAAGAAGAGAACGAGUAGCAUCAUGAAAACGACGAAUAAUUAUCUCCUCGUUGUAUCUAUUAUAUCGUUCUUUACGACCUCGAUAUUUUGCGAACCGAACGACGCUACUACCACACGUAUUCCUAUAUUAAAGUGUUGCCCGCGCGAUAAGGAACUAAUCGUGUCCAUUGAGAAUGGUAUUUCGAAGGUUACUAACGAUUGCAGGAAAAGCACGACGGCAUGGCAACCAAAGAUCUAUUCGCCGACUCGACAAAUGCAAUUUAACGAGCCGUUAGACGGAUGGAACGUUUUGGAGGGUAGAAGACCGGAAUGUCGAGACGAUUCCGUUUUGACCAAGAUUCCAUCGAGAGCGGCUGUACCCUUCAUAUUUCUCGAAGAUGGUUAUGCUAUCGUCGAUGGAAACGUCGAGGAACCGAUUGCACCCAACGAUUAUUGUGCCGACGCCAAUGCUAUCUUUGUUUGCGUUAAGAAAACCCCGGAAGGGAAUCGUGCCGCGGCGACUAUGAAACCCAAGAUUAGGCGUUGCUGCGGAAAAUCUGCCGUUUUCCACGAGGGCAGGGAAUCGUGCGAUUUUGUAAACGAGUCGGAAGACACGACACCGUUAUUAGGAGACUCAUCGGCAAUGGUGGACAUAGUGUCAGGAUUUCCGGCUUGUCCUCGGGGGGACAAAUACACGAUCUUGGCCGACGUAAAAGAUGCCGUAUUGCAGUUGGACGGUAGCAUGAAAGUAGACGGUGUUAUUUUACCGAGCGGCCAGUUUUGCGUCGAGAGGAUCAAGGAACUCAACCAGGCGGUCAAGGUCUUCGCUUGCUCCGAACACGCACCGCAAAGACCACACGUGCAAGCAACAGACAUCAGAUUCACGCUCUAUCCGGUCGGCUUUAUCAUCAGCGCUGUGUUCUUGGCAGCCACCUUGGCUGCUGGUUGGCUGUUACCAGCGUCUCAUCACGUUUUGCACUGGCGAUGCCAGACUCAUCAUGUCGCUUGCUUGAUGCUUGGCGAUCUUCUCAUGGCUAUCAUUCAGCUAGCAGGAGAUUCCCUCCGCGGUGGAAGUUGCAAGGCUCUUGCUAUUAUGGCUCACUUCUUCUUCUUGGCUGCUUUCUUCUGGCUCAACACUAUGUGCUUCAACAUCUGGUGGACCUUUAGAGAUCUAAGACCAGCAAGUUUGGAGAAGGGCCAGGAGACCUUGCGGCUCAGAGUCUACGCUUGUUAUGCCUGGGGUGGACCCCUUUUGGUUGCGGGAUUGGCCGCCCUACUGGAUCAUCUUUCACCCCAGACUCAGUACACGUAUCUUAGGCCUCGUUUCGGGGAGAAGCAAUGUUGGUUCUAUGGUGACAUGGAAAUCCUUGCAUAUUUCUUCGGACCGAUCGGUGUACUUUUAGCCGUGAAUCUUUUAUUCUUUGCCGCGACCGCACGUGAAUUAACAUGCGGCUUAUGGAAGGGCGAAUUUGUCAAGAGUACUACAGAAAGAGCUGCACUGGGCCGAGUAUGUAUGAAGUUAGUAAUCGUGAUGGGGAUCACAUGGGUUGCUGACGUGGUCUCAUGGGCAGUAGGUGGUCCGCAAUAUAUCUGGUACUUCACCGAUCUGAUAAACGCCUUCCAAGGUGUACUGAUAUUCGCAGUGGUCGGUUGUCAACCUCAGGUCAGAGCAGCAUUGAAAAGACUUUGCAAUAGAAAUCCAAGAACGAAUGCGGGACGACAGGGUAAUGGCCUGAGUACAACCAGUCAUGGGAUGCCUAGCAUGGGUGAUAGCGUUACGCAGAAUCCAAGUACUAAGACUGCACCAUUGGAGACCAUAUGUUAAAAAUCACCUCGAAGAUUGCUGAUUAAAGAUGAAUAAUAACAAUAAGAAGAGGAAGAAGAAGAAGAAAUAAAGAAAGAAAGAAAUAAAAUGACGAAGAAGAUAAAAAGAGAGUCGGAAGACUAUUACGCUAUCAUAGAAAAAAACUUUUAACAUGCCGACUUUGGAAGAACGCAUUGAACGUUCGGCAAACAUCGACGGUCACUGCGUUUCCGUCCUAAGGUCGUUGACCUUGAGAACCCGUGGGUGUUUUGUCAGGAAUGAGAAAGCCUAGAGGCUGUAUUUCUAACACGCCUUCCUUUUUUUUUUCUUUCUCUCUGACGAACUUAUACGUGUAUGUAUACAUAUAUGUACACUAAAGACACAUACUUUGAGAUCACGUAUUAUAUAUACAUUUGUGUAUGUGUGUGUGUGUGUGU